AGUUCACUGACCUCGCCACCAUAGACGACAUGACAGAGAUGGAGAAGGUGAAGAGCAAGAUCCAUGAAGCAGGUGCUGGAGAUGCCUGGAUUGGGCUGAAGAGGGGAGACUGGCAGUGGUCUCUGGCUGACAGGGAUUUCUACAGAGAGAAUGAAGCAGAGUUCAGGAACUGGAAUCCAGGGGGAGACUCCACACAUCCCUAUGUGCUGGUUACUGAUAAGAAGAGCUGGGCAGAUGCUCAGAGAUACUGCAGAGAGAAACACACAGACCUGGCCAGUGUGAGGAAUCAGGCAGAGAACGACCAGAUGAAGCAAGUUAUAGCAGGUAGUCCUCUGGGGCCCUGGAUCGGCCUGUUCAGAGCUGCCUGGUCAGAGUGGUCAGAUGGCAGCAGCUCCUCAUUCCGCUACUGGAACUCUGGAGAACCCAAUAAUAAGAGAGUAGCAUGCACUCAAAUGAUCCGCAGUGGUCAGUGGAAGGAUGAAGGCUGUGGCCAUCCUAGUCCCUUCAUCUGCUAUGAAGAUGAGCUGGUUCUGGUCCGUGAGAAUAAGACCUGGAGAGAGGCGCUGCAGUACUGCCGAGAGCACCAUGUGGACCUGGUGUCUGUGACGUCCGAGCGGGUCCAGCGCUGGGUGAGUGAGCUGGCUAACGGAGCCUCCACUCCUCACGUGUGGGUGGGCCUGCUCCACUCCUACGGUGUGGGCUGGUACUGGGUCUGUGGACAGACCGUCUGCUACAACAACUGGACCCAAGGGCACCAGCAGGUGGAGUCCUUCCAUCAAGGAGUCGGGGCAGUGGAGUCUGGAGGGGGGCAGUGGGUCAGCAACCUGACUAAGACUGACCAACUCAACUUCAUCUGCACCAAUGUGGAUGGUUGUGACUGAAUGAAUCCUCCUUGGUCCAGAGCAGGCUUGGAGAAACUCCUCAGGGUCCUCCAGCUCCCAUUCAUGUGCACCUCUCAUUUACAGCUACUCGCUAUCCUCUCAUUUACUCAUAAGCAACUCUACAGCUACUACAGAACACUAUCCACUCAUUUACUCAUAAGCAACUCUACAGCUACUACAUACAGAACACUAUCCACUCAUUUACUCAUAAGCAACUCUACAGCUACUACAUACAGAACACUAUCCACUCAUUUACUCAUAAGCAACUCUACAGCUACUACAUACAGAACACUAUCCACUCAUUUACUCAUAAGCAACUCUACAGCUACUACAUACAGAACACUAUCCACUCAUUUACUCAUAAGCAGCUACUAUAUACAGAACACUAUCCUCUCAUUUACUCAUAAGCAACUCUACAGCUACUAUAUACAGAACACUAUCCACUCAUUUACUCAUAAGCUACUCUACAGCUACUACAGAACACUAUCCACUCAUUUACUCAUAAGCAACAUUACUAUCCACUACUAACUACUAUCACAUUCACCAUAUUGUACUACUAUUACCAUUAUAUUCAUAUCUUACUCUUCUGGUGUACUGAUAAGUCAAGAGAUUAUAUUUACUCUUCCAGUGUGAAAUUGAUAUAUUAUAAUGCUAGAAUUUGUAUUUGUUGUGUUGUGUCUGUUAGCAAUGACGUCAUGAUUUGACAGGACAAGUGUGCAGUUUGUCAACUUUCAGUUGCAAUUUCAAGUUUCAAGUGCAAUUGUGUGCUGAAUGUGUGCUGUUCCUGACAUGACUAUUUCUGAUCAGUGUGAUUGACCGUUCUUAUCUGACAUGACUAUUUCUGACCAGUAUGAUUGACCUUUCUUAUCUGACGUGACUAUUUCUGAUCAGUAUGAUUGACCUUUCUUAUCUGACGUGACUAUUUCUGAUCAGUGUGAUUGACCUUUCUUAUCUGACAUGACUAUUUCUGAUCAGUGUGAUUGACCUUUCUUAUCUGACAUGACUAUUUCUGAUCAGUGUGAUUGACCUUUCUUAUCUGACAUGACUAUUUCUGAUCAGUAUGAUUGACCUUUCUUAUCUGACAUGACUAUUUCUGAUCAGUAUGAUUGACCUUUCUUAUCUGACAUGACUAUUUCUGAUCAGUGUGAUUGACCUUUCUUAUCUGACAUGACUAUUUCUGAUCAAUAUGAUUGACCUUUCUUAUCUGACAUGACUAUUUCUGAUCAGUGUGAUUGACCUUUCUUAUCUGACAUGACUAUUUCUGAUCAGUAUGAUUGACCUUUCUUAUCUGACAUGACUAUUUCUGAUCAGU